AUGCUCAAAUCUGAAUUCUCAGACUCAGAAUCACAAGAGAAUGACUCGUCAGGUGAAGAAUCUGAAAAAGAAACCCCAAGAAGCGAAGAAAAAGCAUCCGAUUAUGAGUUGCAGAGGUUGAAGAGGAUUGAGGAGAACAAGAACAGAAUGGAGGCCUUGGGUUUGCAUAAAAUUGCAAAUUCAUUCAUGGGUUCUGUCCAGAAAUCCCAUAAAAAGAAGAGUGAGAAAAAGGGCAAACGCAAAAUGGUCGAUGAAGAUGAAGAAUAUAAGCCAAGCGAGAUUGAAGAGGAAAUGUGUUCUUCAAGUGAAGAGGAGAGGAGUGAUGACGAGAUGUUUUCUGGCUCUCAAAAGGGAAAAGCAAAGAAAAACACUACUCCGAAGACGCAAGUACCCAACUCAGAUAUUCUGGAUGAUGAUGAUGCCCUGAUGCAGGCAAUUGCUCUAUCCCUGAAAGAUUCAGCAGGGUUUUUGGAUGUGCCAACCAGUGCGCCUUCUCAAAGUUCUGGAGCACAUGCAAUAGAUGGAAUAGGUAAUCAAAAAGAAAGAAAUCCCAACAUUCAAGAAGAUGUUGAAAAGAGGAAGAGGAAAAAAAUGGGAAAGCAGAUAAAUAGCCGAGUGCAAAUGACUCUAGAUGAAAUGGUUAUACACUUCUUUCACUUCGAUGAAGUAGGCAAAGGGAACAUAACUCUCAGAGAUAUACAGAGAGUAGCUACAGCACAUGAUUUCACUUGGUCAGAGAAGGAGAUUUCAGACAUGAUAUACUGCUUUGAUAGUGAUGGAGAUGGGAAGCUAAACCUUGAUGAUUUUCGAAAGAUUGUUGGCAUGACAAGACAAUGUGAUACAUUCCUGCCUAACUUGUCGCCCAGUUGCCACAUUACAAGGCGCUCUAUAGCAAUCAAGCUGCAAGCCUUGUGA